AUGGGCUCCGGGAGCUCGCCGGAGGCGACCGGGGAAGAAGAGCCGCUGGUUCGCAAUGUCCAGGAGGAAACCAUGGCGAGGAAACAUCACGGACAAGGGAGCUCCUCCGUCAUCCCGGAAUCGCCCUCAAGAUUCUGGCCAGCAGCGCCGGAGGCGGCCAAGAACUCGGCCGCCCCGGCAUCGGCGCCAAGAUUCUGGCGACGAGCACCGGAGGCGGGCAAGUACUCAUCCGGCCCGACAUCAGCCUCAGGAUUCUGGCGAGGAGCGCCGCAGGGGGCCAAGAACUCCCGUUCCCCCUCGUGGUCAGCAGGAAGAAGCUCGCACGAGCGGAGCACUGUACCUGACGUCGCGGCCGCCUCAGAGGCAGAGCCGGUGCCCGUGGUGGCGGCAUGGACAGCCGGCAUGGGCGACGAAGCCAGGUCGGGGCUGCAGCGUGCAGCCGGCGAAAUCACAGCGUUAACCAAGAUGAAGCCCCCGCGCGGGUUCGCUACGAACUGCCCUCAUGGCGAUGCUGAUCCCUUACAUGGAGGAGCAAUGGAUAAUUCUGUCAUGUUGGCUUCUGCAUGUUCUAUUCAUCAACCAUACCAGCAGACUCUGCCUUCAGAUGAACAAAUUCAAGACAUCCUAAAAAAGAUCUCAGUGCUUUCGGAACUGCAGAAAGAGGCCGUUCAUUUGCGGCAGACGGCCAAGAGGGUUCUCAGUGUCACCAGGAACUCCUCAGCACCACGAAUCCUACGCCAUGAGCAGGCAUGCUCUGAUGUCCCCAGCACGUCAGGGUCAGUGCCGUCAAUCAAACAACCAUACCAAGAGAUCUUGUUUCCCUGCUCUACCGCUGAUAAUACACUCUCCAGCCCCUUGGUACCACCUUCAGAGGAACAAAUUCAAGACAUCCUAGAAAAGUUCUCAGGGCCACUCCAGAUUGAGGAUACUUUAGUAAGGAAGGAGACUGGCACUGCAAUCCUUGCACUUUGUAGAGAUGAGGAGGCCAAUCCAUCUGCUGUAGAUUAUGACAUGCCUGAUAUGCUGCUGGAGUGCCCUCACGGUGACUCUGCUAAUCAGUCAUACGAGCUGUGGUUCAAUUCACGCAAAAAUAGAUGCCAUCCUAAUGAGGUUCCGGUGAAGUGGUCCAAUGAGGAUGAUGAUGGAAUUCCGUACCCUUUAUACGCUGAAUUCUGUGGAGAUAAUUCUUCCUUGUCCCCAAAAAGAGAAUGGGAUGAUGUAAGAGUUGUUAGGAGACUACGAGGGUUGCGUUGGCAAGAAAGAGCUGCUGCCCGCACUCAUUUCAGAGAGGUACGUGAUAGUUGGCGAGUGGCUGGACGCAAGCCCACUUCUCUAUUCAUGUCAGCAAUGGAUAAAGUGAGGGACGAGAGACCUAAGGAGUACAGCGGCGGUCGCACCAUUCCUGAAUAUCUUAUCUGUCCGUUGUCUCAUGAGCUCAUGCUAGAUCCGGUGACAAUUGCUACAGGGAAGACAUUCGAGCGACGCUUCCUCAAGGCUUGGUUCGAGAAGAGCGGACAUAUUUGUCCUUUGACCUACGAGACGGUGUCAAGUACCAUCAUCCGGAAUGAUCGCAUCAGAGGAUACUUAGAGGAGUGGGAUGAAGUGUUGAAAGAAGAUAAAGUUACCUCACAUAGUAGCAGGAGGACUAGGCAGUAGCGCUGAUAUGUGUGCAUGUCGAAAUACAAUUACAGUGCUGAUACUUUUCCCCUUAUUGGGAAAUAUA